AUGCCAUCUAAAUCAUCAUCAGUUAUGGCAAAGAGGCUUGUUUUCUUCGGAGCGGCUCAGGUCGGCAAGUCGGCAAUCAUCAGACGCUUUGUCAGUCAGACUUUCUCAGAGCAAUACAACCCAACCAUUGAAGAUAUGUUUGAAAUGCCGAUCGAUUACGAUGGCAAAGAAGUUUAUCUUCAAAUUCUUGAUACCAGUGGCAGCUUUAAGUUUCCUGCAAUGCAUCAACUGGCCCUCAACAACGGUGAUAUAUUCGUCGUCGUAUAUUCAACUGACGACAUCUUGUCCUACCACGAAGCCCUUGCAACCUGCGACGAGAUAGCGGGAAAGAGAGGCCCCGGAAUGCCCAUCGUCGUCGUGGCAAACAAGAACGAUCUGGGAAAGAGACAAGUUGGAAAGGCUGAGGCAGAACUUAUGUUUUGUCAAUGGAACACAUAUCACGUAGAAAGCUCGGCCAAAGAAGAGAACUCGAUCGCACAAAUCUUUACGAGAUGCCUGUCCUUACUAUGUCCCGCUGAUGUCACUUCACCCAAAGAUUCAUCGCAGAUCUUUGAACUCUUUGCAUCAACAACAAGAAGGCUAGCAGCAGUUGUAAAGAGGGAAGGCCAUAGUGAAGCAGGCAGGAAGAAGGCGGAAGAGAUCCAUCUCCCCACCGAAGAUGUCAACGCCUUUCAGAACUAUCUGAGGAUGCCUCCAGAGCUCUUCGACGAGAUCCGUGAAAGAGUAACACCAGCCAUCGAGAGACAAGACACACAGUUCCGCUCUGCGCUCCUUCUAGCAGGUGCAUCUUCUUCAGCCUCAUCAGUCUCAGGUUCAGGUUCCAGUUCAGGGACCGGGUCAGCAGCUUCUCUUCACCUGGCGGCGGUGAACGGCGAGGAUCUUCAGGCUGCUCCUAAGGAUAUCAUGUUUGAAGAAAAGAAGAAGAAAAAAUGUCUGCUGAGAGCUCAAAGCUCGGCGGCCACGGCUAUCACGUUUCGGGCCACCGUGGACAAAACGGGAUGGACGUGA